AUGUUCAUAUCUAUCUAUCUAUCUUCACUCAGCCUACUAUCUAUCUAUCUUGAACCUACUAUCUAUCUAUCUAUCUAUUUCAAUAUGUUCAUAUCUAUCUAUCUAUCUUCACUUUAUCUAUCUAUAUCUUUUCAUAUCAAUUUAAAUAUGUUCAUAUCUAUCUCAAUAUGUUCAUAUCUAUCUAUCUAUCUUCUAUCUUCACUCAGCCUACUAUCUAUCUAUCUAUCUUUAACCUACUAUCUAUCUAUCUUGAUCUUUUCAUAUCAAUUUAAAUAUGUUCAUAUCUAUCUAUGUUCAUAUCUAUCUAUCUAUCUUCACUCAGCCUACUAUCUAUCUAUCUUGAAGUCUUUUCAUAUCUAUCAAUUUAAAUAUGUUCAUAUCUAUCUCAAUAUGUUCAUAUCUAUCUAUCUAUCUAUCUAUCUAUCUUCACUCAGCCUACUAUCUAUCUAUCUUGAAGUCUUUUCAUAUCUAUCAAUUUAUCUAUGUUCAUAUCUAUCUCAAUAUGUUCAUAUCUAUCUAUCUACUCAGCCUACUAUCUAUCUAUCUAUCUUCAAUAUCUAUCUCUAUCUUAUCUAUCUUCUAUCUUCUCAGCCUUAUCCUACUAUCUAUCUAUCUAUCUAUCUAUUUAUCCUCUAUCUUCACUCAGCCUACUAUCUAUCUAUCUAUCUAUUCAUUCAUAUCUAUUUUCAUAUGCAUCUUUUGAUUUUGACCAGUAUCCAUAUUCCUUAA